GCAUGUCGGGUCGGUCGGUGCGGGCCGAGACCCGGAGCCGGGCGAAGGAUGAUAUCAAACGGGUGAUGGCGGCCAUCGAGAAAGUGCGCAAAUGGGAGAAGAAGUGGGUGACAGUUGGCGACACAUCCCUAAGGAUUUACAAAUGGGUACCAGUAACAGAGCCUAAAGUCGAUGAUAAAAAUAAGAAUAAGAAAAAAGGCAAAGAUGAAAAAUGUGGCUCUGAAGUGACCACUCCAGAGAACAGUUCCUCUCCCGGGAUGAUGGACAUGCACGAUGACAAUAGCAACCAGAGUUCAAUAGCUGAUGCUUCUCCAAUAAAACAAGAAAACAGUAGUAAUUCAAGUCCAGCACCAGAACAGAACUUGGCAACACAAGCAGAUGGCACUGAAGUAAAGUCUGAUGAAACUCAGACAGACGCAAAGGAGCAGCCUGGUUCAGAAGAUACCUCUGAUGAACAGAAUUCACAGUCUUCAAUGGAAAAUUCCAUGAAUAGUUCAGAGAAAGCAGAAAUUCAGUCCUCUGGAGAAAAUGAUAUAAUUACAGAGGCAUCUAAAAACUCUCAGGACUCUGAAGGAGUGCCACCUUCUAAAAAGAUGAAAGUAGAGGCUUCCCAACAAAAUGUUGAAGAGAUUUAGACUAUAGAUUUUUCUGGUCAGUUUUUAUGUAAGGUACAUCAGUGGGCUUAAUUAUAGAACAACCUUACUUAAGCAUCUUCUCUUGGAUGAGGACAGAACUCCUAACUUUUCAAGUUACCAAGCAAAAAUCCAAGAAAGCCUAACAAAGGUUUAACUUCUCAGACACUGAAAACUUUUUCCUGUGAAACAAACAUUGAGAACUUUUAAGUUACUGUCUCUGAAAUGGUUGGAGUAAACAACUCAGGAGGGGUCUACGCACUGUUUCUAAAGUCAAAAUUACAAUUAUGUUGC